UUCAUUCCCUAUCUUCGCAUCCUCAGCUUUAGCUUAAUCUCUUGUAAAAGCCAUUUCUUUAGCUAGUUUUUUAUCUAAGUUUUUGCUCCAAUGACUGAUUCUGGUGGUUCAGCCUCUGCUAACAGGAUGUUGUGUUCCGUUCCUGAAAGGCUACAGCUGCAUAUGGCCAUGUUGGCCUUGCAAUUUGGCUACGCAGGGUUCCAUGUGGUCUCCAGGGCUGCCCUAAACAUGGGAAUUAGCAAACUUGUAUUCCCAGUUUAUAGGAAUAUCAUUGCGUUGCUUCUGCUCCUUCCCUUUGCAUAUUUUCUUGAGAAGAAGGAGAGACCUCCCAUUACUCUAAAUUUUCUUUUACAGUUCUUCCUCCUCGCUCUUGUUGGAAUAACAGCAAAUCAAGGUUUCUACUUGCUGGGCUUAGAUAACACAUCACCAACCUUUGCGUCAGCAAUCCAAAACUCCGUCCCAGCCAUUACCUUCCUAAUGGCAGCCAUACUACGGAUAGAGAAAGUUCGGCUAAAUCGAAAAGAUGGGAUAUCGAAAGUUGCAGGAACAAUCUUGUGUGUGGCUGGAGCAUCAGUGAUAACUCUAUACAAAGGUCCAACGAUAUACAGCCCAAUUCCACCUCUGAAUAGACCCACCCCGACGUUCGUUUCAUUGGGAGAUGCAGAAGGAAAGAACUGGACCCUUGGUUGUCUCUAUCUGAUUGGUCAUUGCCUAUCCUGGUCUGGUUGGCUGGUGUUGCAGGCACCGGUCCUGAAGAAGUACCCAGCUAGACUCUCCGUGACGUCCUACACAUGUUUCUUUGGUCUCAUUCAGUUCCUCGUCAUUGCGGCCUUUGCUGAGAGAGAUCCUCCAGCUUGGAUGUUCCACUCUGGCGGAGAACUCUUCACUAUUCUCUACGCGGGAGUGGUGGCAUCCGGGAUCGCAUUCGCUGUACAGAUUUGGUGCAUUGACAGAGGUGGCCCAGUCUUCGUUGCUGUUUAUCAACCAGUUCAGACUCUUGUUGUCGCCAUUAUGGCUUCAAUUGCUUUAGGGGAAGAAUUCUAUUUGGGAGGGAUAAUCGGUGCAGUGUUGAUCAUAGUAGGAUUGUACCUAGUGCUAUGGGGAAAAAGUCAAGAGAGAAAGUUUGCAGCUCAAGAAAAGGGUGCAAUUCAGUCUACUCCGGAGCACAGCAACAUCAGAACCUCAAGCCAUAUCAAGGCCUCCCUCACGAAGCCACUUCUCCCUCCUUCAACCGAAAAUGUUUAACUAUAAGCCCCCGCCCAGGCUUUUAACCACAAUGCUGGCUACCUGAAGACAAAAAGAACAACUAUAGCAGCAAAGGAAGGAUAAACGAAUGGGAAGCACGACGCCACUAGCUAUGUCAGAAAGUUUGUGUGUAUGAUUUUCUUUAAUUUCUUUCUCCUUUCCCUCAUUUUAAUUAGUCAAAUGGCUUUUUCUCCAAGUAGCUGAGAGGGUUAAAUGAGAAGCGUUUUUGAAGGGGGAAUGAUCAUGAUGAUCACUGUCAAACCUGUGUCGCCUAUGGGAGCCUGAAAUUCUCAUAUACUUUCUCUAUGGUAUAAUUAUAUGGUUUUAUUUCAGAUAA